UUCUUCCCACCAGGUCCAUAACCAACUCUUUACCCCUUUUUGAGGAAAAACUCAGGUCCCGGCCACUGAAGGCAUUCUCCGCGCCACUCCCACCGUCCCCGCCCCCGCCCCGGGUGUGAUCUGUCCUUCUGGACCACUCUAAGCCGACAGCGCCCAAGGCUGGAAAGAGAGCGCCUUUCGCUCCCAUUUCGCAGUGCCGGGUCUCCGAGGCCGCCACCAGCCGGGACGCUUUGGGGAAGUGCGAGAUGCAGAAGGAGCGAGAAGACGCAGGAGAGGCGGGACUGGCGGGGCUUCCCCUGAGAAGGUGAAGCAUCCUCCCCGCCAGCCCGCGCCGCCUCCUCCUUCGCACUCUCCCGCGACCAAAGGGACCCUCUGGGGCCAGCCGGAUCCAGCCUCUCAGGGCAGUCGCAUCCCAGAACCUGUUAAGUGAGAGCCCGCAGCAUGUGGAACGCGACGCCGAGCGAGGAGCCGGGGUACAACCUCACGCUGCCGGACCUGGGCUGGGACGCUCCCCCAGACAACGACUCGUUUGCCGACGAGCUCCUGCCGCUCUUCCCCGCGCCGCUGCUGGCCGGCGUCACCGCCACCUGCGUGGCACUCUUUGUGGUGGGCAUCGCGGGCAACCUGCUCACCAUGCUGGUGGUGUCGCGCUUCCGCGAGCUGCGCACCACCACCAACCUCUACCUGUCCAGUAUGGCCUUCUCCGACCUACUCAUCUUCCUCUGCAUGCCCCUCGACCUCGUCCGCCUGUGGCAGUACCGGCCCUGGAACUUCGGCGACCUGCUCUGCAAACUCUUCCAGUUCGUCAGCGAGAGCUGCACCUAUGCCACGGUGCUCACCAUCACCGCGCUGAGCGUCGAGCGCUACUUCGCCAUCUGCUUCCCGCUGCGGGCCAAGGUGGUAGUCACCAAGGGCCGGGUGAAGCUGGUCAUCCUGGUCAUCUGGGCCGUGGCCUUCUGCAGCGCCGGGCCCAUCUUCGUGCUGGUCGGGGUGGAGCACGAGAACGGCACCGACCCUCGGGACACCAACGAGUGUCGCGCCACCGAGUUCGCGGUGCGCUCCGGACUGCUCACGGUCAUGGUGUGGGUUUCCAGCGUCUUCUUCUUCCUGCCCGUCUUCUGCCUUACCGUGCUUUACAGCCUCAUCGGCAGAAAGCUGUGGCGGAGAAAGCGCGGCGAGGCGGCGGUGGGCGCCUCGCUAAGGGACCAGAACCACAAGCAAACCGUGAAAAUGCUGGCUGUAGUGGUGUUUGCUUUCAUCCUCUGCUGGCUGCCCUUCCACGUAGGGCGAUAUUUAUUUUCCAAAUCCUUCGAGCCCGGCUCCCUGGAGAUCGCUCAGAUCAGCCAGUACUGCAACCUGGUAUCCUUUGUCCUCUUCUACCUCAGCGCUGCCAUCAAUCCCAUCCUGUACAACAUCAUGUCCAAGAAGUACCGGGUGGCAGUGUUCAGACUUCUGGGAUUUGAACCCUUCCCCCAGAGGAAGCUCUCCACUCUGAAGGAUGAAAGUUCUCGAGCUUGGACAGAGUCUAGCAUUAAUACAUGACCGAGCACAUUGCCGAGCAAAGUCAUCGCUUAUUCUAAACCGGAAGCCAUAGCACAGCAGAACUUGGGAAGAAGUUGAAGGUUAACUUUGGAAUUAAGAACACAUAGAGCUGGAAACAAUUGGGAGGAAAGAAAAGAUAGAACUUGCAGCGUUCUAUUCGACUGCACGCUCAUCAGUGCUCUCAUACACUAUUUCUGCGUAUUCACUGUCUAUGAUUUUGCAUUCUGCUGUUGGUGCUAGCAAGGACUUGGCAAUUUGGAGAAAGGAGGGUGUGCAGAGGGGCAAUUAGGGUACUUUGUACUGUGUAAAUACUAAAUCUGAUUUACUUGUUCAUAAUGAUAAAAAAAAUUUGAUCAAGAGAAUGACAUUAAAGUGAAACAUUUAAGACAUAUCUUUUAACUACUAGCAAUUUUCAUAUAGCUCCAGAUCAGUGCUGUCCAAGAUAAAUAUAAUGCAAGGUAUUUAAGUAAUUCAUAUAAAACAUAUUAAUGAGAAUUUGACAUUCUUUUUUUUUUUUGGACAGAGUCUCUCAAAUGUUUACAUUUACAAUGCACCUUAAUUUGGAUGCUAAGUUUUCACCAGUAAGACUGGAUGUAUUUAGGGUUCAUGAAAUUCGCAGAUGAAAAAGUAGAUUCCAUAAAUCUAAGUGGUCCAAACACACCUAAAGGUUUUCCAAUAAAUAAACUUCUGGAAUUUUUAAAAUUUAAAGUGAAUUCAAAUUAAAAAUUCAGUUUUUAAAGUUGCUCAAGCCACCUUUCAGAUGUGGUUAGUGGUUACCAUAUUGGACAGUGCAGCUCAGGAGUAUAUGUGAAAUUAUUGUUAAUCUUAUAAAAAAUGUUUACAAAUAAAACUCAUUCCCUGAAGUGUUUUUUAAUAGUGAACUUAGCAUAGCAGAACGUUGGAGUGAUAAACCUUCAAAAUUACACCUAAAUGCCCUAGUCUUCAUGCUUGGAAGAAAAUGGAUAUGAAAUAGAAGAGGCCUUUUUAAAUUAGGUUGAAGUACACGUGUAUUUAUAUAUUCAGGAAAUGAGACUUUAUAGAAAUUAUAGAAAAUCACAAACCGCCUUAUUUGGCUUAACAAAAAUACUUAAGCCAAUCAUAAGGCUUUGCUUUGUGAAUAAAGGAAUAAUUUAUAACUUACUCUGGAAAGCUUACAGGAAUUUAGUGAACAUAGACAUUUGUCAAGUGGUGAAAAAUUUAGAAUCCCUUAAAUGCUACCGCUUACUGAUAUUCAAAACUUUAAAAAAUCUUAUAGCCAUUUAUUUCCAAAUGCCUAUGCCAUGUCCUGUCUCCAAAUUAGUUUUGCUAUUUCCAUCUCACUGCUUGCCUGAUAGAUAUGUUUACUUGGAUUCCCAGUCUCCCUCUGAUUCAUACUUAUGAAUGAUUAAGCACCUUCAACUAAAUAUUGAGCAUUUUGGUCAUAAAACUAAACUUCUCAUUUGUAUUGACAUUGCUCCCUGCAUAGGCAACUCUUUGCAUAUUUAUGCUAUUCUAAAAAUGAUUUUGUCAUAAUCCUGUAUAAUAUUAAGCCAUAGAAGCAAUUCCUACAUGAAGUUAUUGGUUCAACUAUGGAAGUGCAUGAACCAGUUAGGGAAAUUAUUGCCAUGAUUGAUUUUCUCCCCUACCAAAAGUAAAGAUUAUUAUGCUGAAAUAAUUGACUAUUCAUCUUAGAAAAUGAAAAACAUCAUUACAAUUAGAAUGAUUUCUGGGGAAAAAUAUUUUUGAAAUCCUUCCUGACACUAAAAUUGCACCAGUUUAGUCUAAAUUCAGAACUUUCACAAAUUGAUUAGUCAGCUAAUUCUUGGGAGUACAUCAAUAUUUUAAAAAAUACUCUCAUUCAUUUAAGCCUAUGAGAUGCUAAUUAGGUCAUUCAGCAUUAUUGUCCUAAAUAGGGUCCAGCAAAUCCCAAAGAUGUAAUUCACUUUCCCAAAACCUUAGAGUUUUUGUCUGCAAGUAUAUCCUAUUUGAGAGAAAAUAAGCAAAGAAGGCUUGACUUCUAUCACACAGCUGAUUGCUUUGGAGAAAACCACAUCUAACUUUUAAUUUGUUACCUAUUUAAUGGUCUUUCCUGUCUUGUGAGUUCAGCCUACAGUCUCAGCCUAACUCACUUACAGGGCAUAGUUUACAUAGCAAGGACCACCAAUGCCCUUCACUGGUGUUGAUGAGCAAACUCAAGAGAUGAUGUUUAGAGAAACAGGUCUUUAAUUUGCCCUCUUGUAUCAUUGCCUUUUUUAUUGUUUGUAACAUCGUAUCAUCAUACUUCAUAAAUUGUUUAAGACUCAGGGAAAAGAGGAACUUGCGAUGAGGAAAAUUGUUUCUAAAAGUCUAUCAUGUCACAAACGUUUAGUAUGUGCCUGGUAUAUUCUAAGCUCUACAGAUUCAUAAGCCAAGGAUUUUAUCCUUAAUGAGCUCAUGAUCACUUGUGUCUUGUGUUGCAGUAGAUAACUAAUAAAUGUCUUUAAGUUAUGAAAUAAACAUCUCCAGUUGACCCUGAA